AUGCUGGCGACUGAGGAAGAGCCGAUAUUCGGCUGGAACGGCAGCAAUGGACGAAAUCUCCGCCGGAGAAAGCUUCUCGUCGGAGAAAAAAUAGAGGUAAGAAGUGUUGAGGAAGGGUUUCUGGGUUCUUGGUAUUCAGGAACUGUGAUUGCCUCGAAGAAGCGGCAUAGGCGUAGUGUCAGAUACGAUCACAUCCUCUCUGAUGACAGUACUGAUUUUCUUGUGGAGACUGUUUAUGUCUCGGAGGUAGUAGAAGGGUUGAGCUCUGACUGCACAGACGUUUCUGAUAGUUUACGUGGACGUUUAAGACCUGUGCCGCCGAAGCUGGAAGUUGAUCGGUUAAGCCUUGCCUAUGGGCUCUGCGUCGAUGUAUAUAUCAGUGAAGCUUGGUGGGAAGGUGUGGUUUUCGACCAGGAAAAUGGUUCUGAGGAGAGGAGAGUGUUUUUCCCUGAUUUGGGUGAUGAAAUGAAUGUUGGUCUUCAGUCUUUACGUAUUACUCAGGAUUGGGAUGAGCGUACAGAGGUUUGGGAGUGUCGUGGGAGGUGGUUGUUUCUUGAUUUGGUUGAGAAGUAUAGGGAAGAUAACUAUCUCCCGGUUUCGGUGAAGCAACUCUGGUAUGACAUACGAGACAGGGUUGGUUUUGCGAGGAUCAGGGAAUGGACCUGCUCCACUAGGGAUUUAUGGGAAGAUUUGAUGCUGGAGGUGAUUGAUGAUAAUCUUAAGAUCACCAUUACUCAGUUUCUACAUGAUUAUGACCAGGAGUUAAAGGUUUUAGAAGAAGCUUCUCAAGCGGUUAGUGAGACCAACGGUUGUUCUAGUGGUGUGCUAACGAUUGCUCCGCAAGAAGAACAGUUUUCCAGCGUUGACAAAUAUCACAAACCGGCGAGCCAGAGAUGCUUCCGCUUGACUCCUGUUACUCGCAUAAGGUCGGAAGAGAGUUGCAUCAAUAGGGUAACAGAGUUUUCCAGCGAGGUAUCUACUUCAGCUCAUAAAAAGAUGAUACUAUCCAAGAAGAAUGGAAACUGGCAACCUUUUGACUGUGUUGCUAAAUCAGCCCCACAAGCUGUAUCGAGCUAUAUUAGGACACAGUCACAGAGGGUGGCCAUACAUGUCAAGAAGCAUCUGAAGCAUUUGGGAUGGACCAUAGAACAGAUGGUUGAUGAUGGUGGAAGGCUGAGGUUUCGCUACAUUUCACCAGAUGGAAGGCUAACGGAGCAGUCUCUUCGUCAAGUAUGUUUCAUGCUGAAACAACGUGAUGAAUCUCUGACUCCUCCGGGGACAGUUACGCCUCUUUCUCUGCCUUGUGAAAGCAGAACGUAUAACACCCAGGAAAUGAAGAGCAUUGUUUUGGCUUUGCCUGCUUUUAACAGAAGUGUUGCUCUUGAUGAUGUAAGGACGCCGUCUGCUGAACCCUUGGUCGGGUCUGGAACGCAAGGAAAAGAGGAGGUUUUCAAUAAAAGAAGCUGCAGCUUCUACAACACCCAGGAAAUGAAGAGCAUUGUUUUGGCUUUGCCUGCUAAUAAUAGAAGUGUCGCUCUUGAUGAUGGAAGGACGCCGUCUGCUGAACCCUUGCUCGAGUGUGUAACGAAAGGAACAGAGGAGGUUUUCAAUAGAGAAAGCUGCGAUUUCUAUCCCGGAGAUGCUAUCCAGGCUCAUGAAAUGACACCCUGUGUUAGGCUCGAGCCAGAAAGAAAAUCCCGAGGCUUGCCAAGGUUGAAAAGUAAGCGUAAACAGAAACCUAACCUUAGAUAUAACUCCGAGAAGGACCAAGCGAUUGUAGGAUUGAGAAAUGUCACUCCGAACAUGAAGAGGGGGCAAACUUCAAGAAAGUUGAUGGAUAUCAAGAAUCGAGUAAUUGGUCGGGGCAAAUCCUGUGCGUCACGAUCAAGCAAAAGAGUGCAGCGGGUAAUAACUCCUGUCUCCAGAAAUCACAGUCCGCGUAGUAUUCUUUCGUGGCUCAUCGACAACAAUGUGGUUCUACCAAGGGAAAAUAUACGCUGCCGUAACCAAAAGGAUCACACUGUGAGAAAAGAGGGGAAACUAACCCGUGAAGGCAUUAAAUGCAGUUGUUGCCGCAGAACUUUCAGCAUAAGUGGCUUCAAAGUUCAUGCUGAUGGUGGAUCCUGCAGAGCAGCAGCCAAUAUCUUCCUGGAUGAUGGAAGAUCUCUUUUGGAAUGCCAGGUAGAAGCCUAUAAUACAAGAAAGAAAGCACAACCACCUGAUAUUCUAAAGAUGAAAUUGCGUCAAUGGGAGAACGAGGUGAUUUGCUCCGUUUGUCAUUAUGGCGGGAAGCUGAUUCUUUGUGAUGCGUGCCCAGCUGCUUUCCAUGCUAGUUGUCUCGGGCUAGAGGAUGUUCCAGAUGGUGACUGGUUCUGUGCGUCAUGUUGUUGUCGCACCUGUGGACAAUUCAUUCUCAAGGAUAAUAGCGAAUAUGGCGAGGAGGAAAAGUUUAUCAGUUGCAAGCAAUGCGAACUUAAAUAUCACCCUAGCUGCCUGCGUUGUGAUGGUGACGGUCAUUCGUUGGAUACAUCCUUGGGAGAAAAAUGGUUUUGCAGCAAGGACUGUGAAGAGGUAUUUGUAAAUCUCUGUGAGCUUAUUGGAAAACCAAGAGAGGUGGGCGCCGAGAAGAAAUUAACCUGGAGACUGGUGCAUUCCUUGGAACCAGAUACAUAUGGGAUUGACUCUUCCAAAUUUGAGGCCGUAGUAGAAAAUCACUGUAAGCUCAGUGUUGCCCUUGACGUGAUGCAUGAACUUUUCGAGCCUGUGAAAAGACCUUAUGGUGGGGGAGAUCUUGCUGAAGAUGUUAUUUUUAGCAGAUGGUCAAAUUACAAACGUUUGAACUUCAGUGGAUUUUACACGGUACUUCUAGAAAGGAACGACGAACUGGUUGCUGUGGCUAAUGUCAGAAUUUUAGGGAAAAAAAUUGCAGAAAUGCCCUUCAUUGGUACUAGAUUCCAGCAUCGCCAGCACGGGAUGUGCCGAGUUUUGAUGAAUGAACUUGAAAAGGUGCUCACUGACUUGGGGGUUGAGAGGCUGGUCCUGCCUGCAGUUCCAUGUGUGCUGAACACAUGGACUAACUCAUUUGGAUUCACAAAAAUGACAAUCCCCGAAAAGAAAGACUUUCUGCAGUUUACAUUCAUGGAAUUUGGGCGGACGAUAAUGUGCCAGAAGAUACUGAUCAAGAGCAACGUGGCAGAUCCAAGUACAAGUACAGUGUCUCUGGGUGAAUCACGCUGUGACAUCAUCAGGACUGAAGAGAAUUCUGCUUCUGAUGAUAGAUCUGAAGUACUUCAAGCAGAACAGAACCUCGAGGAGUCUAGCUCCACAAAAAAUCCACCAGAGUACGUUGUCCAAAUUCUCACUCUUAAAUCGACUAUUCUUGGAAACUAG